CUGUUUCAGGCAGCGCUGGAUGAUCUUCUGCAGCGCUAGGUGACACGUAAUGAAAGGUGCGAUCAGGCCUCUCUAAAACUAAGGUAAUUAGUUAAAAAAGACUGCUUUUCAUUAUGUAGACAACUUCAGAGAGCGCUGACUAAACACGAGAACCGAAUUCAGCCGGAUACGUUACUUUUCUAACUACUGAGCGUCUUUGGAAAACUUGAGGGAACGUUCGUUUACUUAGCUGCUGUCUGGGAAUAUAAUGUUUCAUGAGGAAUUUCGGAGGGGAAAGCGUUGUUUCUUUGCUGAAGAGUGAAGAUAAAUUCAUUCCCGGGAAAGUUUGUGUGGAGAGCAGGAGACCAGGGAUCAUGGGCAACGGCGCGUGCUCCAGGAAGCAGAAGAAGAUUUUCCAGUCUCUUUUUCUGGUCACGGUGGUUUUUGGCAUGAUCUAUGGAGGGAUGAUGUCUUAUGAGAUGCACAAACAGCUGAAGAGGACAGAAGAGCUGGCCGUCAAAUAUCAGCAGCACCAGGAGUCACUUUCGGCUCAGCUUCAAGUUGUGUACGAACAUCGCUCAAGGUUGGAGAAGUCUCUUCAGAAGGAGCGAAUUGACCAUAAAAAAGCCAAAGAAGAUUUUCUUGCGUAUAAAAUAGAGGCCCAACAGUCUCUCAACAAAGAAAAGCAAGAUUCGAGCGUCAGGUUUAAUUCUUUGCAUUCCCAGCAUCAAAUUUUGAAGAACCAGCAUGACGAUCUAAAAAAGCAGUAUUACGAGCUGCAAGAACGCCACCAGCUACAAGGAGAUGAGCACAACAAGGCAUUAGAGGAACAUAAACAGAAGCUCGACCAACUUCAUCUGAACAAGGAGUCUGAGAUUUCCAAGCUUAAAGAGAGUUCAUAUAACCUGCGUGAGGAGAACAAGCAGCUAAGAAAAGCUCAUCAAGACAUUUAUGUGCAGCUUCAGGAUACCAGG